CUGAUGAGACUGGCCCGAGGCCCGAUGCGAGCGGGGUACGAGGUGGACACUAAAGGGGGUUCCGCUGCCUCAACGCUAGCCCCAGCAGAUCUUUUUUUUUGACACUUCAUCAUUCCAGAGAUUCCAGGUUCCAUCGCCGUUCACCAUGUCGUCUCGAGCUUCGCAGCAUGAAAGAAACCAUGGGUUCACCCGCUCCGCUGUCGUGAUCAUCGGCGCCGGUGUAUCAGGCAUUUGCAUGGCGAUCGACCUUCUCCGUCGCACACCCACUCGCAACAUUAUCAUCCUCGAAAAAGGAAGCCGGGUGGGGGGAACCUGGGCUGAUAAUCAAUAUCCCGGUGCUGCAUGUGACGUCCGCAGCUCGCUGUACAGCUUUUCAUUUGAACAACGUUCCACCUGGACGGAGGAGUUUCCCCGUCAGGAGGAAUUACUGGCAUAUCUCACGGAUGUCGCCCAGAAACACGGCCUCUACCGGUACAUCCGGUUUAAUUCGACUGUGCAGGAAGCGCGCUGGGACGACACUCAGCUGCAAUGGAAGGUGCAGGUGGCACUAACUGGUGCCAAGGACAGUGAAUUUCAAGAAGCAUACGAGAUCACCACCGACUUCCUCGUAUCUGCCAUCGGUCAACUCAACGUCCCUAGUUAUCCCGAGAUUCCGGGCCUCCAUGACUUUACCGGCAAGUUGAUGCACUCCGCCCGAUGGGACUGGAGCUAUGACUUUGCAGAUAAACGAGUGGCUGUCAUCGGCAAUGGCGCCACCGCGGUUCAGAUUGUCCCCGAACUGGCCAAAACUGCCUCUCACGUCACUGUCCACCAGCGAACCCCGAACUGGAUUUAUGUACGCGGGAACAAACCCGUGUCUGCCUUGCAACAGUUCUUGCUCACUUAUGUGCCUCCCAUACGGUGGUGUAAGCGAGCCAUGAUUAUGCAAAUUAGGGAAUGGUCGCACACUCCCGUCACGAACGCUGAAUCCGGCCACGCUCACCAAGUCCAGAAGUGGACGCUGGCGAGGAUGAGAUCUCACCUACCGGAUAAGCCCGACUUAUGGGAGGCCCUGACCCCCAAGUACUCUCUCGGAUGCAAGCGCGUCCUCUUCUGCGAUGACUACUAUCGGACUUUGAACAUGAGCCAUGUGGACCUCGAGACCCGGCCAAUCCAGCGCAUAACGGCCACGGGCAUCCAAACGGAGGGGGGCGGGGACCAGGAUUACGACCUGAUUGUUCUGGCGAGUGGGUUUCGCUCGUUGGAAUUCCUGCACUCCAUCCGAAUCUAUGGCACCCAUGGCCGACCGCUCGAGGACAUCUGGAAGGGGGGCGCCACCGCGUACCGUGGCGUGGUGGCAGAAGGUCUGCCUAACUUUGGGAUGCUGUACGGGCCUAAUACGAACUUGGGCCACAACUCCAUCAUCUUGAUGAUCGAAGCACAGUCCAAGUAUCUUAGCACAUUGGUUGGGGCGGUUGUCGAAGCCAAGCAGAAGGGCCAGUCCUUGGCACUCCAGCCCCGACCCGAGGUGGUGCGAGAAUAUAACAAGCGCAUCCAAGCUCGGCUGGCCAACACCAGCUUCGCGGAUCCCAGCUGCCGUAGCUGGUAUAAGACCGAGGACGGCCGGAUCACGAACAAUUGGCCGGGGUCGGCGGUGGAGUACCAGAAGGAGAUGUCCCGGCUGCAGUGGACGGACUACCUCGUCGAAGGUAGCGGAGCGAAGGUUGUGGAGAAGAAGAAGGCAGUGUAUAUAGGUCGAGUUCAGGAGGAGCUGCCCGUGAGCACGGCGACCUUGGUUUUGGGACUGGUCCUGGCGGCCGGAGGGUGGUAUCUGCGCCGCACGGGGUGGAGGUGGUAGGUCAGAAUGCACCUAGCCGCAAGCAUUUCAUCCAGUGGGCCCCAUUUGUGUAUUUAGUAGUGAUCAACUACGAUGGUUCAAUGAAGAAUGAGAAAUGGGAGAAAGAAGAGCGAGAUGGUCAUGCCUGACUGUGUAGAUGGCGACCGGCACGUGACGGGUCGGCGUUUCUCCCCCCUCCCAAAGGACUCCUCCUCUAUGUACAUAACAAUAUCCGCUUGGCUGCGUUGGCUAACUGAGAUUUCGCCCGUCCAUCUAGCGGAGCAUUGCGUGAACUGGUACUUUUGAUGUGUAACCCACCAUGGCUUUAGACU